AUGUCUUGCAAUUACGCCGACGGAUUAUCUCCGUAUGAAAAUAAAGGAAUCCUAGGAGUUCCAGAGAAAUUCGACUCGUUGGAUAAGUUUAACAAAAAAUGUGAACUUUUAGCUCAAUUAAUAGAUCAAGCAAAACAUGUGGUAGUACAUACUGGGGCCGGCAUCAGUACUUCAGCAGGAAUACCAGAUUUUAGAGGCCCCAAUGGAGUAUGGACCUUAGAAAAAGAAGGCAAAAAACCAGCAACAAACAUUUCCUUUACCGAUGCAGUGCCAACAAAGACGCACAUGAUUCUCAAGAAGCUAGUAGAAUGUAACAAAGUACAUUACAUAGUCAGCCAGAACAUUGAUGGCUUGCAUCUAAAGUCUGGACUCUCUAGGAAGCAUCUGGCCGAGUUACAUGGCAAUAUGUUCAUUGAUGAAUGUAAUUUGUGUAAAAGGCAAUUUGUGCGAAGUAGUCCGGUAGAGACAGUGGGCAAGAAGUGCAGUGGAGUACCAUGUGCAGCGGAACAUGUGACAGGCAGACCGUGCAGGGGACGACUGUAUGAUGGAGUACUGGACUGGGAACAUAGUCUUCCAGAGAAUGAUCUCACUAUGGCAGAAUGGCAUUCUAGUAUUGCCGACUUGAGUAUAUGUUUAGGAACAACUCUUCAAAUUAUACCCAGUGGUAACUUGCCUUUAGAGACAGUGAAGUAUGAUGGGAAACUAGUCAUUUGUAAUUUACAGCCUACAAAACAUGAUAACAAAGCAGAUCUUAUAAUCAACUACUAUGUAGAUGAUGUACUAGAAAAAGUUAUGAACAUACUCAACAUAGAUAUACCAACUUACAAUGAAAAUGACAACCCUAUAAAAAGGGCUGACACAGCAAUCAUAGACUGGACAAUCGAUAGACGCGAUGUCCUAGCCCUAGAAAAAAAAUUCAAAGCAAAAUGCAAAGGGGUAAAGAAAAAAAGGAUUUUAAUUAAAAAUAAACGUAACAGUACUGAGAUUAACGCGGAAAAUGGUGUCAGUGAUGAUAAAUCAAAGAUAAUUAAGUUAGAAAUUAAGGAAGAGCAAAAUGGUGAUUUAGAAGAUAAGCCUGAAGCAGAUGUAAGUGUAAAUGGCCAGUGA